AUGUCCGAGGGCUCUUCAUCGUCGUCUUUCGAUCUCAGUCUGCCCAUCGCCGACCUGUUGCGCCAGGGUACGGCUCAAGCACACCACUCUGCUGAGACUAGCAGCGGCGCGGGGUGGCUCACGCGCGGCGAGCUCGACCGCGAAGAGUAUGUGCGUUUCCUGAUCAUGCUGUAUCAUGUAUACCACUCGCUAGAGCAGGCACUCGAGCGUCACUCGACUAACAAUGUACUCGCCCCGACCUACAACCCAACAUUGCUAUCAAGGGCUCCCGCGUUGCUAUCAGAUAUUGCUCAUCUCCUUGAUGUUCCUUUGGCCGACGUGCAGCAGCACACGGUAUUCGCUUCCACCGUUGCCUCGCCACCGCCUGCCAUGUCCGCGUAUGCGGGUCGCAUAGCCUCUCUCAGUGCCUCGAGGGAACCAGCACCGCUCCUCGCACACGCUUACGUGCGAUACCUGGGCGAUCUCUCAGGCGGUCAGGUCAUCCGUCGACGCGUAGCCCGUGCAUACGGGCUGGAAGAAGACAAUGGCGCCGGAGUGUCCUUCUACGAGUUUGGGAAGCUUGGCGGGGGAGGAUCUGCGAGCAUCGGCGACAUGAAGAAGAUCAAAGAAUGGUACCGCGAGGGAAUGAAUGCAGGCGUGGGCGAUGACCGCGACCUCAAAGUCAUGAUUCUCGCAGAAGCCAACAAAGCCUUUGAGUUCAAUAACGGACUGUUUGCUUCGCUCAAGCCGCCUUCCACGCCGCCCUCGCCUCCGUUGUCGCCCAUCGAUGCUGAGCAUCAUCUCGGUGACCCGCGGUCACCGACUGAGGCCAAGAGUUUCUCUGACAUAGACAAGUACUCUCCGCUGCAGCUGCCGAAGACGAAGGAAGAAGAGGACAAGGGCGAGGGCAACUAUACGACCGCAGGAGUCAUCAGCUUCAUUCUCGCUAUGUGCCUCGCACACUUCGUGCUCGUUGUCGGCGGCUUUACUGGAAGCAGAGGAUGGGAGAAGUAUGUGGCUGUGCGCGAAUACCUGGCGGGAAUCCUCGGGUGA